AUGCAGCAGCCCGUGUGCCUCUGCUCGCGACACCGCCACAAGCGCGGCCACAUCGCCGUCUGCUCCCCCAGGGAACGUCUCACUCACCCCCAAAAGAUCAGCCGGCAGCUCAUUCACCCCAUCACGGGAAUGAACCCCACCGCGCCUCCCCCCAUCACAGAUCAACCUCCUCCUCCCCCCGCCUCCCUCUCCCGUUUGCCCUCCUCCCUGUGCCGUACUCUCUCUCAUUGGCUCAUCAUCUCCCCAGAAUUUCCCCUCAGUCCCCUAGAGUACCGGCUAGCUCUUGUUUGUUGCCCCUUCCCCCUCUCCCACCGACCUGCUCCCACAUUCAUCCUCUCUUUUCCUCCCCACUCUCCCGCCUUUCCCUCCCCUCUCCACUCUCCCCCUCUUCCCUCCCCUCCCCACUCUCCUCCCCUUCCGUCCCCAUCUUGGCCCCUUCCCUCCCCACCCUCCCCCCUUGCCCCUCCCCCAGCUCUUUGA